AUGGACAAUGAAGGUGAAUCGGAAAGCGCGACCCAGGACUCCGUGGACAAUGUACACCACCAAAUAAUCGAGGAUUCCAUCGACAAGCUGAACUUCGUCAGCCUGUCUUCCUUCGACGCCAACAAGGAGCUGCACUCGGCGAUCGACGAGGAUGCGUACAUCAUCAGCAACGUGGUGACCCGCAUCGGGAUUUCCAAGGCGCUCGAGCACGGCGUGAAGCUGUCUUCCAUCAUCAAGGCGAAAGCGCUGAGGCUCAAUGAGGCAACGGCGCUUGAGGUGCUGGGCGUGGUCCUCAGGACGUUCUGCAACAACUUCGCGGAUGGCGAAGAACCCGUGCAAAUCCAAUCGCAAUCAAACCCCUCAGAUCGCACUCUAGACUUCACCAAGCUCUCGAAGUUCUUCUCCUCCAGGACCCUCGGUUACUCGCCGAUCACAUGGGACACGCUGCCGCAACCGGCCGGCGAGCAGCAGCCGCAGUCGGUGAAGCGCCGCCGCGUGCAGCCAACGCACACUACCACCACUAUCGGUCCGACCAGGGAGGUUUCGACGAUGAUCGAGUACAACGAGACCUUGGAGACUGAGAAGCAUACUGAGUCCGUUAGGCACAAGUUGCUGGAGGCGUCGCAGAGCACGCCGGUUUCGUUCUGGGACUUCGUACUCGACGAAGACCCGCAGAAUGGCUACAACAACACGUGCAGGAACAUAUACUCGCUAACCUUCCUUACCGUGAAGGGGCUAUCCACCUUCGAGAAGGACGAUAAUGGAAUCAAGAUACAGGGGCUCCAGGAUCCUGACGAAGGCCGCGAGAAUGCGCAGGGGAUCGUCACCGGCCUCUCCUACGACACCUGGCGCAAAAAGGUAGAAGAACGCAGCAAAAAACGACGACAGGACGGCCAGCGAUAA